AAUGCUUAUUAAUAAAAUUGGAUUUGGGACAGAAAUUUCCUCUCGUUUCUUCCGAGCCGCCACCGCCGCCGUCGUCGCACAAAGCCGAUCAACCACAGCCUUUCGUCUGUAGUUUCUCGAAGCACCGCCGGCAGUGAAGCGCAUAACCGCUGAUCCGAGUUUGGGGUAAAGAUGAGUGUAGUUCAGAAGUUUUUCAUUGCAUCACUAUUCAUGUGGUCAAUCCCUAUUGCAAUAUUAUAUGCUUUCAACCAUAAUCUGCUUCCUGGAAUUUCCAAUUUGUCACCUUACUCCAUGACUCUAGUGAGCGGAUUUCUCGCUGUCAUUUCUGUUAACAUAGUCAUUGCGUUUUACAUAUAUUUGGCAAUGAGAGAACCUGCUGAUAAACAUGAACCUGAUCCUAAAUUUCUUGCCGAAGCCAAAGCUAGUAUAAAUCAGUCUACAGGAGAUGCUCAACAAUCUUUCCAGCCUCUCAAGAAACAACAGUAGGUUGGUGUUUUUUAGAUUUUUUAUGGUGCUCAUGUUGAGAAGGAAAGGGGGGAAAUGGGGAUGAAGGGAGAAGGUCCUGAAUUGUGUGCUGAUCAUACUUCUGUUAUGAAGUUUGCACACGGUCCAUCUUGUGAACAACUUAUGUUUUCAAUGUUAGUUUUGUAUCAUUUUAUUUAUACAUUUCAGUUCUGAAUAUUUUUUAUAAGUUUUUGUUGAAAAAAAAUUUAGCAUCCUACUGAAGAUGUAAUGUGAUAGAGCAUGAUGUUAUUUAGAUUUAAGUAAAGAUUAUGACUAAGAUGUAGUAUUUUAUUUUGGUCACUAUCAACUUCAAUGACCGAUUUUAUUUUUUCCAA